AUGCAAGGUCUUGGGGUGGUUGCCUCCCCGGGGGAAGGAGUGGGCGAGGUGACUGGCUUUGAGAUGUUUGGGCCGGGAUCAGACCCCGGGUCUCCUGUUCAGUCAGUGAGUAUCUCUCCUCUUGCCUACCCAGCUGGCGGCAGUUGGUUCCAGUGGUGGCUCGGCCAAGCCUGGCAGGAGUCGCUUCCAGCAGCGGUUCAGCAACAGGCUGGGGAACCAGGCGGGGACCUGCACCCAAGGCUGGCCUCUGCACUCUCCCUGGAGAGGGUCUCCAGCGGUGGCUCAGCAGAGCCUGGGGAACAAGGCAGAGAUGUUUCCCCAAACGCUGGCACAGCGCUCUCUCCUCUUUUCCCUUCUCCAGACUCUUGCUUUUAUCCUAAAGCUAAAGCUGGUUUUCCAAUGAGCCACAGUAAUUUCCAGGCCUCCGCCAUUUUUGAAACAUCAGAGUCCACUGACACAGAAGCUGUGAAAACAGAGAGCACCCUGGGAACUUCAGUUACAGCCUGCAAGAAGGUUUUGUGUAACAGCACUGUGUUUGAAUCAUCUGAGUAUUGGCUGAGGAGUGAGAAGACCCUGUGUAGACUCAGCUUUGUGGACAACCAGCAUGACAGGGGCUGCACCACGAUCUGUUUUGUGAACCUUGACAAGCACACAGCCGAUCGCCAUGAUGACAGCUGCAUCAAGAAACUCUCAUCAGUCUCUCCAGAUCUGCCUAAACUGGUAGAGUCUCUGGGUGUGCGUCAGCCCAAAGAGAAUGAGAUUCUGCUCUUCAGUGGCCUGGAGUCUCCUGAUUCCCGUCAGUCUGAUCAAGCCCAAACACAGAGCCAGAGAGUAGUUGAUGUAUGUCUGGUGCAGUGUGCCAGCAGGCGACAUCCAGCUCAGCCUGCCAGCAUCAUCUUUGAAAUCAACAAGUUCCUGAUUGGCCUGCAAUCAGGACAGGAGAGACAGCGACAUGGCCGAUUGGCAGGGCAGAACGUUGCUGAUGAUGACACUAAUCGCUCAGUGUCAUCCAUUGAGGAGGACUUCCUGACAGCUUCAGAGCACCUUGGUGAAGACAGUGAAGACGACCCCUUCAGAAACGAUGUAGAAAGUGGUGAUAUGAUGGAGUCAGUCUCUGAGAUAAUGAGAGCAGGAGGGACUCAGUAUCAGCGGAGGAGUACAGCUGAGCGGGAGGACAGUGAGGACUCAGAGACCCUCUGUGCUUCUGCCACCUCCCAAAAGCUCUCCAGGACCUCUGUCGCCUCCACCAGAGGCUCGUCCACCAGUCCAAGGCCAGUCAGUCGACAUGCCAAGGAGUCAGCUGGCCACUACGCCACCAAUCUGGCAGAGUCCGUCAUUCAGGAUGCCUUCAUUCGCCUAUCUCAGGACGAAACCUCUUUCACCUCUGAAGCAGCCAUGAGUGUCUCCAGUAUCCCUCAAAAUGCUGCCCUUGUGUCACACUCCAUCGAUGAACCUCCCAGGGCUCGUACCUGUUCCUUUGAACUCCCCAAAAUUGUCAUCGUCCAAAGUCCAGACAACUGUGAGGAAGCAGCAGAAUGGCCAGGUACCCAGUCUCACGGAACAGCAGAACACCAUUGUCACCCUUAUGAUAUAGUCCCACAGGCUUACAGCCACCGUGCCUCUCCUACUGGGCAUGGUGCCAAACCAGUGGAAGUAGCAUUAGCGUGUGCAGCUAGUGUCAUUGGCACCAUCAGCACUCCACAGGUAACGGAGCAUCUGACACUAGAAUCUGGAGAGGAGGACGAGGAGGAGGAUGAAGAGGAAGGGUUUGAUGACCACGCAACAGACUACUCUCUCUCUUCAGCCGUAUGUAGCAUGGCCCAGGUGGCAGGUGCAGUUGCCAUAGUGGAUCUGGCUGAGGAGGCCGGCGACGCUGAAGACUCCACUGAAAUGUACUCUGCUUCCCGGGGGCUUCUGUCUGCCGCCCAGGCCUCCACUGCCAUUCCACUCCACUGCAGCGUGGCCGAGAGCACCAGCGUGGAUACUUUCAGGGCCAAUGUGGCCGAAGUGCUUCUUUGGGAGGCUUCAGCUGUGCUCACUCACAAACAGCACUACGCAAGCGUGGCUCAUUUCCUUGAGUCCACUCACAACAAGAUUGUGGAUGGCAUCAUAAAUCCGAAGAGACCCCUGCAGGAGCAAUUGGAGGUGGAUAGUUUUGCCCAAGACAUGGCAAACAGCAUCUUUAAGUAUGCUCUGGGUAAGGCCUUGAAAAGAAAAGAGUUAGAAGGGCCUGGGAAAGAUGCUCCCGAUAUCCAGGACUUCUUAAUGGACAGUGUGAACAAUCUGCUCUUUGAUGUUCUUUGUGUCACAUCAACAAAAAUCAGUGAUAUUUCAAAAAGUACUUUAGGGUCACUGGACAGACACGAGGGCAACAUUAGCUCCAUAGAACAUGAGGCUGUCACCAAGCCAGCCAGAGAAGCAAUAAGCCAAUUACAGUGUUUGACUGAGCUCAGCCAGCCUGAUAAUCACACUGAAAAGCAGAGCAAUGUGGAUAAGCUGCCCUCUCACACAGGGAAGAGAGAGCAGAGGCACGGACAAGAAGAGAAUGUGAGUGAAUCCAACAUCAAAGAGCAGUGCAAACACCCUCAGAGCAGACUCACCACGGCUGCAGUCAGAGAGCCGUCUGACUUACAGGGGCAACUGGGUAAGUGCAUUUCAGAUUCAAAGCUUCCCUCAGUUGAGAGCUCUCCUCUCCAUGGGCCCCGGGACAAACCAGGGAGGGACAUGGACGGCAAGCAGCAGCCUCUAUCUUCUUCCUCAGGGGCACAAGUGGCAUUAAAGAUGGAUGGUGAGUCCAGGACUCACAUUACAUGUUUUGCUGAUGACCUAGCCACAACAGUUGUCUCCAUGGCAACAGAGCUAGCAGCAAUCUGCCUGGAAAACUCAAGUGGGAAGCAGCCAUGGUUCUGUGCCCUGAAAGGUACCACUGAGGGGCCAGAUGGUCUCUUGCUGCCCUGCCGCACAUCAGCAGCUCUGCGUAGGAAAGAGGUUCAGAACGGUGCUGUUGUUGCAAAGAAACAUCGGCCACCGAGGCUCAGUGAGAUCAAACGCAAAACCGAGGAGCAGCCUGAGCUCAUGGAACGGCUGGUUAACAGAGUGGUGGAUGAGACUGUUAAUUUGGAUGAACCAGCUAUCUCCGACCCUUUUGCCCUCUUUGCCUCUGAAGUCACGGCCAGGAUCAUGAACUGCCCAGAACUAAAUGUGGUGGACACAUCUAAACCAGGUCAGUCGUCCCGCAGCCGCCUGCAGUGUGAGAGGUGGAGCAGCCGUGGGAAAGCUUCAAGCUAUGAGAGCAUUCCAGAAGAAGAUGUGGAUCCUGCUGGGACAGCCAAUACACUAGGGCCAGGCAGUCGACUGGGGCACAACUUGAGCCGUGGCAGCUCCAUCUCCAAGCAGUCUAGCUGUGAGAGCAUCACGGAUGAGUUCUCUCGGUUCAUGGUCAAUCAGAUGGAGACAGAGGGCAGAGGAUUUGACCUACUGUUGGACUACUACGCUGGGAAGAAUGCGAGUAGCAUUCUGGCAGCAGCAGUGCAGCAGGCAGCCAGCAAGAAGAAUGGCCACCUGAACGUACGGACGUCAUCCUGCCUUUCCAAGCAGUCCAGCACCGAGAGUAUCACUGAGGAGUUUUACCGCUUCAUGCUGAAAGACAUGGAUAAAGAGAAUAAAGACUACGGUCUGUCCAAGACCAAAGAAUGGAGCAAUAGCCUGUUACCCCCAUCCCCCAGAACCCCAUUCUGCAUUCGCCAGUCCUCCGUACCUGACCGGCGGUCAUCCGAUUCUCGGCUGACGGUGAACUCUCCCAUCAAGGCCAACUCUUUUGAUGGGUUUGCUCGAAACAUCCAUGGAGACUCCCUCAACAUUUACCCUACCAACACAGUGUCAGCUACGGGACUCUGCAAGUCUGACUCCUGCUUAUAUCAGCGUGGCCAGACAGACCAAAUCACAGACAUGCUGAUCCACGAGACCUGGGCAAGCUCCAUUGAGUCUCUAAUGCGCAAGAACAAGAUCAUUGCAGAGCCCUCAGAGGAAAGCCUGGAGUCUGAGGCACCUUCUGACUCUCAACCACAUGUGCAGCUCUUUGCUAACCGUCUGGCUGCAGACAUUGUAGAAAGUGGAAAAUCCCUCCUGGGUGGGCAACAGGAACAGGGAACGGCUUGUCGGCAGCAGCCCUUACCCGUUGGAGAGAGGAGGCGUGGCUUUAAACAGUCUCGUCCGGGAAGUGGUCGGAGUCAGUCGAGCUUGGAGCAGCAGGAGAGCGUCGAGAGCCUUCCUGGACCUCCCUCCAUGGGAAACUCCCUGAGGUGUCCAAGGGAAGUGCCUCUGAUCCACAUCGAACCAGAUCAAAGGGAUGAGGCCUCUGAAGAUGGGGGAAAGGGAGGGCGCCGUCGAAGGGAGUCGCCCCCACAGAUACAGCCUCAGAGCAGCAGAGACAGAGCACCUGUGCGACGGGGCAGUAGUGACAGAGAAAAGGUGGUCUCAGUGCCCACGGUGCCCCCUGUGGGUGUGGAGGGAGAGAGGCGCUCCCUCAGUGCUAGCAGCGAGGAGAGUGGCUCAGGCAGCUGGGCCCAGGUUGCCCCUGACGACGAUCCCCAAGAGGAGACCAGUAGCUUUAUCCAGCUGAGCGAGGGAAACGGAAACAGCAGUACCUCCAGUCUUGGUUUCGCUGACCUUGAGGGCUACGGCGACUUCUCUCUCCCGAGUGGAAUAAUCAGUGAGGAGCGAGAGAAGAGGAGCCCUCAGAGGGACAGUCAGGAGCAGGUAGAUGAGAGAAUGUCUGGCUUAUCUGCAGGGACCAGUGGUUUUCAUAGAGAAGUAGUGGUGAUGAACAUUGAUUUGGAGGAGAAAUGUGUGGACGUGGAGCUGAGGGCAGCACUACAGUGGAUUGCAGCCUCAGAACUGGGAAUGCCCACCCUCUCCUUAAGAAAAGAAGACAAGCUAGUCAAGUUCCCCAGGAUAGUGCAGUUGGCGUCUCAGAAGGCGUGGCACGUGGGUGACCUGUUCAGUGCUGUAGCCCAGUACUGCCAGCUGCACCAGGAGGAGGUGCAGCGAGGACGGCCUGCUCCCAGUCUGUUCGAUUGGCUCCUGGAGACACAUCGCUAA